UUCGCGCUAGUCCUUGGAUGCAGCGAUUGCGAGCAGAAUUCCUAUUAACGGGUUGGGAGUCGGGAUGGAGCAAGAACCCUAGCAAUCUUCUGGUCUUAUCGAAGGCCGGCUUGAUCGAGAUAGAGCUCGAGUAGGGUGGUCAUGGCGAGCAAGGCCGCGGCGGCGGCGAAGGCCGUGGCCAAAGGGGCGGCGGAGGGGUACCAGUACCCGUGGAGGGAGAAGCUGGCCAAGUACAAGAACGAGCUCGCCAAGGGGGUCUGGGGCUAUUGGGAGCUCGGCGCCUGGAAGCCCCUCGCCCUCAGCGCCCGCAAACGUGCGCGCCUCCGCAAGGAGGUCCUCCUCGCUGGAGAGGAUUGGCCCUACGAUCCGCCGAAGAAGGAGAUGAGGAACAAGAGGAAAGGCCACAAGUGCGACCGCGUGGCUGCGGAGAAGCGGGCAAAUACUGCGGAGUUGAUGAAGAAGAUGCCAGAAAUGCUGUUGGAUUAUAAGAAGCGGAGGUGGGAGAAAAAGAUGAAAGAGGAAGAAGGAAAGAGCUGAUCAUCAUGUAAUAGAAUGUCUUUUUGUAUUUCUUGUUUGUGCUGAAUAAUUGGUGCAACAUUUUCGGUUAUAGAAGCUCAUCGUAGUUUCAGUUUUGAGAGGAGCAUUCGUGUGGAUUCAAUUUUAUCGAGGAGCGCUUGUAAACAUUGUCAUUUUCUCGGUCUACAAAAUCUGAGCACUUCUAUAAUCUUAA